UCCUCAGACCAGCUGGUUCUGCCCUCCAGGAGGAUGAGGAACUCCAUGACUGCCAUUUCAUUCUUUAUUCUCAUGGCUGUCCUUGGAUCCCAGGCUGAGCUCCUACGUGAAACAAUAAGAAAAGAUCAUCACUUUAAGCCUCUGCUAAUAAGGCAAGGUUUCCAAAACCCUUCAGAUUGCUGCUACUCCUAUGCCUCGCGGAUCCGGUGUUCAAAUUUUAUAUAUUAUUUUCCAACCAGUGGUGGGUGCAUCAAGCCAGGCAUCAUCUUUGUCAACAGGAAGAGGAACCAGAUCUGUGCCAACCCCAGUGAUUCAAAAGUUCAGCAAUGCAUAAGCACCCUGAAACAAGCCUCAAGACCUGGGAACAAAGUCAUUGCUUGAGAAGGAGGGCUAUAUUGCCAACCACUUUCUUCUGUCUUUCCCAGUGACCACCUAGGAGGCUCUAAGCAUUUAUUUUGACAGAUAUUUAAAGCAUUUAUUCGUCUGUUCUGGUUUAAAGUAGCACAUGUAGUUAACAGUAGUUAGAUGGACUCAGCAUAACACAACUACAGCCAUCUUGAGUUGUAACCAUCAUGAUUGUCUCUGAAUAACUAUUGAGUUUUCCUGCAUAGUUCCUCAGCAGAUUAUAAAUGGAUGAACUACCAGAGUGGUCUUUAGGGCAUUGGAAUGUGUCUGGUUCUGAUACGAGCCUAAGCUGGUGCAUCUAUCUGAAGUGGAACCCAUUUGCCCCAGCCCAUACAUAUGUCAUCUUUGUGGGGACCCAGCUGUUCUUCCUGCUGCCCAAGAGCAGUAAGUGGUCCCAAUAAA